AUGGCUUCCCUUGAUGACGCAGAAGAAACGUUACGAUCAACGAGGACAAAGGCCAAUUUUCAGCGUUUAACACGGCUUCUGAUGAGCGGCGGUGCAGUGCUUUUAAGAGAGAUAUUCGACUCCUAUCACAGUCCUGCCAGCCUUCCCACAAUUCUCAGUAAGCCAUCGGUAGAAAGGCAGCUGAAAGCAGCAAGGCUUACAGGUCCCGACUGGAAAUGUUUGUACCCUUCCCCAGGGGUAUACGGAAAGUCGAGUGAUUUUGACAUCAGUUUAACCUUCAGAUUGUUACGAACAAUAUGUCCACUUACUCCUCCCCUCACAGGAUGGGACAGCCUGCCAAACGACUCAAACCACAGUCUUGAAGCAGACCUGGCAAGAAUAAAAUUUUAUCGCAAUGAAGUUUAUGGUCACACCAAAAAUCUGGAAAUUCCUGAUGAUCAGUUUGAUGACCUGUGGAGGCAAAUCAGUGAAUCGCUGUUGAGGAUUGCAGCAAGCCUCAGCUCUGAAAAACGAAGCAACUGGAAAGAUAUGCCGAAGAGAUAUAUGCCGAAGAGCUCGCGUUAUGGUACGAAAAAGACUUGGACUUAAAAAAGUUGGUACAAGACCUUACUCAAAAGGAAAAAGCGCUACAAGAACUUAUUCAAGAGGAAUUCAGAGUAAUAAAAGAUGACGUAAGGGGUCAGCAAGUAGGUCAGUGUACCGGUUGCUUGUGGUAGCAGGUUACGUUAGAUAUUAAAGUUCAAUUAUUAAUUUUUUCCAUUGAGCCCUAAAAAAUGUUGUACCAUAUCUAAAAAAUGUUGAAAUUAAAUUGCGUACCACAAUGCCAUGAUAUUAGGAAAUAGUUUCUGCGCAGCUGAAAUAGCUUGCGAACAGACACUUUUGUCGGAAGGCGGCGUCAAAGAAGAAUCCCUCCAGGGAUCGAGGAUUACGGUUAAGCGUUUACACCUUACCAUAGGAAAUUAACGCUUCAUGAAAUUAAGGUGAAUUUACAAAGUUGCGUUAAUUUUUGUUAACGUUAAUUUCCCCGCCAUUAAUGAAGUGCAGCGUUAAUUUUUGCGACCUUAGUUUCUAUCAUUUUGGCCCCAAAUUCUCGACAUACUCCGGGCAUUCUUGUGGCCUAGGAAACUGAAUAACUUUAGUUUCGCGCACUUUAUUUCAGAUCAAUCUUUCAAAAAUUGAUCACUGUAACAAUAUUUCAUCUUCAUGGUCGCUGUAAGAAGAAUAACUCUCAACAUCUGCUUCCUGGAUUUCGGUCAAGUUUAAAUAAAUUUGUUCCUUUUGUUUAAACAACUCUCGUUUCUUUUUGUUCGUCGCGUUUAUUUUCUUUCUUUUAAAAUUUUACCCCGCCUUUCGCGUUAAUUUUCUUUAUUGGGAAGUAUUUUCCCCUUUAACUCGCGUUAAUUAAGUCGCCUUAAUUUCAAAUACCUUAAUUAACCCAAGCGUUAAUUUCCUAUAAUUAGGUAUUCGUGUUGAAUUUUAUGACCGCUGGGUAACCUGAUAAUUACUCGAUCUACAAGAAACAUUGAGAAAGCUUAAUGACCUCUAAUAAAUAUUAGACUCACAGCGGCAAAAGUAAGAUUUACUCAGUCAGAUUUUAGAAUACUGCGCGCACUGCAUAACCUUAGCGAAGGAAAGAAAAGAAGAAAAAAGGAAACUCUAGGGUCACGUUUUUACACUAUCACGAGCUUAUGAGUCGUGUUGAGCCUCUCAACACUUCAGGAUUUCAUAACUGUUGAUUCGUUACCAUGCGAAUAAGACAAUGGAAAAGGAAUGUUGUUCUCGGUUGAGCAGGCGUUGGGGAGGGACGAAAUACAAGGCGAGGCUACCGUGCGGCAGAAUAACGAAACAUUCUGUAGAUAAAAUUGUACCAUAUCUUUGAAGUGUUUCCCUAAUGUUGUGCAAGUAAUUCAUAUGUUCGAAUUGCCCUUAUUGAAGAGUCGAGAAUAGUGUUCAAUUGUUGUAUCGAUUUUCCAACAGCAACACUACAGCUUGUGAAUACUAUCGACAGGAUCGCUCAGUUUGGAUUAGUGGUCGCUCCUGGUGAAGUGCAAGGCAAUCAGCAGGAAAUUCCAGCAGAGGUAGACAUAUGGAACGUUAUCAUGGCUUUCAAAGACUCUUUCAGAUUACUUUUUGGAUAUUUAAGAAAUAAUCUGAAUGCUUUUGUUGAAGACAUUGAACUGGGAAGCUUAUCGAUAACUGUUAAAUGUAGCUCACUACAGAUCCUUGAAGGAUUGUGGGAAGAUUAUAUCAGUGGUCAACUUAAUCGAGUGGUUGAAGAAACGCUGGUGACACAUGAGGUGUUGGAAAAUCUUGGCCUCGAUGAAUUGAAGCUGAAAGUGUUCAUUUCUGAGGAGGAAUAUGAGAAAGGAAAAAAGGUCUUUGCGGAU